UCCUGACCCGGCUGGGGGCCGCCGCAGAGGGGAUAAACACCUUGGACUUCUGCUUGGCAGGAUGCAGUCGCCAAGGUGACUCCUUGCGGUAAAAAAGGAAUGUAGCCUUGGCCAAUCGAGCUGCCCCGCCAGGGCCUCCUCCGAUGCAGAGGGCUUGGCCAUGAAGAAGCACCCAGGAUUGGUGCGAAGCCUCCUUCCCGGGGCGCCAGAGUUGGGAGAGUUUGUGAUGCCCUUCUCCUCCAUCCUCAAAACUCUGGGACGGUGCCCGCAGCCUGGACCCAGACCUCGAGCAAGGUCUUCACUGCCAGGUCCCCGGUGAAGAGUUCUCUCCAGGGAGACCGGAUGGGGAGGAACGGGUUGGGAGGAGCAUUGCUUAGGCCCAGGGAUAGAGCUGGUGGCCGCACAGGGACCACGGGAUCUUCUGAGACAAGCCGGGAGUCGCCGGGUGCUGGAAAAGGCCUCAGCUGCAGCUUAAAGCUGGGAGAAGCAAAGCCUGGCCCAGGUAAGCGGAGGAGACGGGAGCGCAAAGCCAAUCAAGACCAAGAAGGGUCCCAAGGGACACUCGGGCAAAGCACCCUCUGCUCCCCAAUGCCCCCAGCUCCUUACACUUGGGCCUGGGAACUCCCGCAGGCUUCCCCUCCCCUCAGUGUGCCUGGGCUCUGCCUGGCAGCCUGGUCCUUCGCCAUCAAAUAUUGCGGGUGUUAUCACAAUACCCCGAAGGGGGGGAACCCGGGUCGGGGGAUGUAGGCGGUGCUGAAAUGACCGGCUUUGAAGAACCUGCAGGCAAAGUUUCGUCCAAUCGUCGGAGCCUUGUCCUCUUAUUCCCGGUUGUAACUAAAUACUGCUGCGAGCGCAGCCCAGGCCCUUUGUUGGAGAUGUGCGAGCGCAGCAGUCUCUACAGAGCGGGCUAUGUGGGCUCGCUCCUGAACCUGCAGUCCCCGGACUCCUUCUACUUCUCCAGCCUGCGGCCGAAUGGAGGCCAGCUGGCCGCGCUGCCCCCCAUCUCCUACCCGCGCGGCGCGCUGCCCUGGGCCACCGCGCCCGCCUCCUGCGCCCCCGCGCAGCCCGCUGGGGCCACGGCCUUCGGCGGCUUCUCGCAGCCCUACCUGGCCGGCUCCGGGCCGCUGGGCCUGCAGCCCCUGGGCGCCAAGGACCGGCCCGAAGAGCAGGCCAAGUUCUAUACGCCCGACGCGGUCGCCGGGCCGGAGGAGCGCGGCCGAAUGCGGCCGCCCUUUGCCCCCGAGCCCGGCCUGCCUCCCGCGGCCGCGGGUCUCAAAUCGGCCAAGUACGACUACACGGGGGUGGGCCGUGCGGCGCCCGGCUCCGCGGCCCUGCUUGAGGGGACCCCCUGCGCCGCCGGCUUCAAGGACGACACCAAGGGCCCGCUCAACUUGAACAUGACAGUGCAGGCAGCGGGCGUCGCAUCUUGCCUGCGACCUUCGCUGCCCGACGGCCUGCCGUGGGGGGCGGCCCCCGGGAGGGCCCGCAAGAAGCGGAAACCCUACACCAAGCAGCAGAUCGCGGAGCUGGAGAACGAAUUCCUCCUGAACGAAUUCAUCAACCGGCAGAAGCGCAAGGAGUUGUCCAACAGGCUGAACCUCAGCGACCAGCAGGUUAAAAUCUGGUUCCAGAACCGUCGCAUGAAGAAGAAGCGCGUGGUGCUUCGGGAGCAGGCGCUGGCGCUGUACUAGCCUGGGGCCUGGCCAUGGCCGGGCCUUCCUUUCUGAGCUGAAGCCUGGCGCCGCGGAGGAAGAGCUGAGGCGGGGGCUUUUCCUUCUGCUCCUUCUCAGCUGGUCCUGGGUACUCUCCCGCUCCGCUGUCUGCAGCCCUGAAAGCCAGCAGGAGAUUUGGAGACCUGGUCAGAUUUGGAGACCUCCAGGCUCUCCCCUUUCCCGGAGGGGCUGUGGAAGUUGCAGCACAACCUUGGCCUUGAGGCUUCCCCAGUGGGGGGCUGGGCGCACCUGUCUUAGCUUUUGACUGCAGCGGUCAAACCUGGGCUCACUCCGUCUCCCUUUUACUCGGAUUUCUGCUUUCACGUAGCUAUUCUCCCUUCUCCCUCCUCCCUAAUUCCUUCUACGUUUAGCUGGCGAUGGACUUUAGGAAGGCCUGCGGGGCAGAGUGGAAAGGGCUGUGGGCAUAACGGUGUCUCUUUGCAGCCAAAGUCCCUUGUGGGAGAGCCAGGAAUCUUGAUUUUGGGGAAAGGAAAGGGUGCCGCCACCACCACUCCCUCCUCUCUGCCCUGGAUGGUUUGGGAGGACAAGAGUGCCCUAGAUCUCCAGACUUGGGGAGGAAGGGGGCAGGAGUGUGGCCCCACAAACUCAGAGACACCUGGGAGUUCAGGCUGGAUUGGCCCCUCCAGCUCCGAGGCAUGGACUGGAUAUUCCCUUCCCUUCCCGUGAAUGGGACAAGGGAGGCUGGGCUCCAUGGAGAACUGCACCUCAUGGCCAAGACUGGUAAACUUCCCCUGCUUCUCUCACCCCUCACACACGCCUAGGCCAAAGCCCUGCGCUUUGUAACUGGACCCCCAGAGGGGAGCUCUGAUGAGGAGCUGCCAGUCUGCUUGGAGGCUGGGCUGCACUAAAAGGAGGGGGAGAUGUCCAGGGGCAGGAGAAUGGAGUGAGCAAGGGAGAGGGGCGUCCUACAUUCCGAAUGUAAACAUGACUUUCCUGUCAAGGUGGGAAAAGGUGUCCAUGUGUCUUUCUUCCUUAAAUGACAGUAACGGGCCACUGUGAGGAGAAGCGAAAGCUCCUCCUUCCAUCUAUCAGUCGGGGCAGGCAAGGAAGGAGUUUCCUCAGAUCCUGGGCCCCUCAAAGCAGCUCACCCCCCUCCGAAUCCAUGAGGGACCCAAACACCAAGCCCUUUCUGAGGCCAUGUCUGGCCUCCCCGAUGGAGUCUGAAAGGCUCUGGGCUUUGCGAGGCUUACUUUGUGGAGGCUGGGGUUCCAGGAUGCCGAAGGGAGUUGUUCCGCAUGUACUGGGGUAUCCUGUCUUAACCUCAUUGACCCCGCGGGCCCCCUAAACUCCUUUUACCGUCCCUGCUUCUUUGCCCUCUCCUUCUGUGGAUGAGCGCCCCCAACUCCUAGCAAGAUGCACAACAGCCUAAAAGCUUGAACACUCCUUCCCAUGAUUUAUUUUCAGUGGAGGACCAGGCCCUGGAUCUAGAGUGGGCACCUCACAAGGAGCCCCCGAGCCACAGCCGCACUGGCUUUAGUUGAUAUUUAGAUGAAUUGCAUUUUCUCUGCUAUCUAAGAGUUGUCAUGCAUGUUUUAUUUUGUUUUGAUUUUGUCAAAAACAAUAGCUUGUAUAUAUCAGGCACAUAGACAUGUUUGGAGCGGAAAUAAAUAUCCAGGUCCCAGCCAA